AGUGGCUUUGUAAUUUUGAUCAAAAGAUUACAAUAAAACAUAAUGGACAAUGUACUUUAUUAUUAUUGGAUAAUUGUGGAAGUCAUAAAAUUGAAGGUUUAGAUCUUUCAUAUCCAAUAGAUGCUGAAAUUAUUAUGUCUUUUAAAAAACAUUAUUGUAAUUAUCAUAUUCAAUGGAUUUUGGAACAAGUUGAAGCUGGUCAAUUUAUACAAGAUUUAAAAUUGAAUGUUUUGCAACAAUUCGUUUUAUUAUUUCAA